AUUGUACUUAGUUCUUUUUUAUAACCAGCCAAUGAUCUUUUCAUAAAUUAACAUUAAUGAAUGCAUUAUCAGUUGUAAACAUUAAAUUUGUUCUUGUUGAAGAUUCUAUAAAAUAUAGCUUAACCGCAGAGUUAUAGAAUUUGACCCACUAAACAGUUUAAAACCUAUACUAUACUUCGAAAUGUCACAGUAUUAGUGAAUGCGUUUCACUAUCGUGCAACGUAUAUUCCGAUUAUUAAAUAUUUAAUUUAAUAAAAGUAUUGAAAUAGUUUCACUAAUCUCUGAAUGGCUAUCAAUAUUAACGAAAACGGAUAACCGUAAAACGUGUCUCAACAUACGUUAUGUUGUCUUAAUCGUAUUGGUUUGAGAUCAAGUUGAUGUCAACAUUACGUUUUUAAAUAAUGGACGUGGACGAUUCAAUUGAUCCAAAAGAAGUGAAAGUAACUCUUGAAACAUAUAAAAAAUUGGCUCACGAUUUUGUAAACCAUGACACAAUCUUAAAGGAUAAAACAGUCCUGUCGUAUGUAGCAUACGUCUUAGAGAUACCCGAUAUUGAAAUUAUGAAUUUGGGCUUAGAUAUUCUCGAAUUGUUUGUUAAAAAUGUAGACAAUUAUGUACACAUAACCUCUACUUUCGGAAUCCGAGAAGCCUUGGAUGCAAUUAUAAAUAAAUAUAAUGUAGAUGAAACAAAAAUAGCCAAGCGGGCUCAAUAUGUAAAAAAUGAAAUAGAAAGAAUGAAACCACCAAUAUAUAAUUUACGUAGCAGAUGCAGAAGAGUUAUUGAACCUAAAAAACUAAAAACUCAUGUUAUCAUGUUACAUGUUCAAGGUUUAUUACCGGAUACCCGUUCAGAAUUGGAAUCAAUAUUGAUAAGAAUUGAAGGAUUAGUUUCUCUUGUAGUCGAUGUGGAACAUCAACGUGUUACGAUGCGUACGCUAAGUUAUGUCACAGCAAAACAAAUUGCAGAAGCUAUUCAGAACAAUACAGACAACAUGGAAGCAAGAUUAGUUGCAAGAAAUAAGUUUAAUCAAGAAUAUCUUGUCAAACUGGUUCAUACAGGCGAUAGUUGUGACACUGAUGACAUGCCGGAUUAUUUACCUGAAGAAGAAGAGCAAGAAGAUGAGAAAGAGGGUGUUGUUUCCUUGUUUACUGGUUUAAGACAAAGUGCUUCAUCGUUGUACAAAUCUACUACUGAAUUUCUUCAGAAUUCGUUUUAUUGGUAAAUUAAAAAAGUACUUACAGUAAGCAUCACUUUUUUUAUUCUAUGCUCUGCGAGCAAUUUAAUAAAAGUAGUAAAUGUUUGAAGUUGUUAAUUUGAUGAAAAAAUGUUUUUAUCAAAUCUGUUUUGAAUGGUUGAUUAAUAAUCUUAUAAUAUUAUGACAUUUUUUUAGAUUUUUAUUUUUUAUUGUAGCAUCAGGAGUAUAAACUUGUUCAUUUUUCAUUAGUAUUAAUAUUAUAUUCAUGCAUUAAUCGUAUUUAUUAUAAAAUACUUGGUACCCAAAGUGUUUACUUUUUGUAUGUAUUUCCAAGACUGUCAAGUGUAUACACGUUGAAAAAUUUUGCUUUACAAUUCUGAUAGCAGCCAAAUUUUGAUGUCAUUGCUUAAAUUUAGAACAAAAUUAGAUUAUAUACAUAUAUAUAUACAUAUAUACAAUAACUUAAAUUUCUUAUAAAUUUGUAACUCAACAAAGAAUUAUAAAGCAUUGAAAAAGUACAAGAUAUGAAGAAAUUAGUCAUGAAACCUUGGGCUAAUUAUACAGGUUAGUCAAAGAUAUGAUAAUGACUAAGUUAUUGAAUGUAAAUAAGGUUGUACAAGGAAAAGAUUUUAUCAUUUGUAUGUGUAUCGUCAAUUUAGCAUUUAUAUUAUACAAACAAGUUUAUUUGGAAUAACAUUGAGUUCCCUAAAUUAUAACUAAGCACGAAAGUGGUUGAAAUACCUCAUUACUGUACACAUAACCUUUUCUGUUAGAAGUUUUUUUUUUUAUAAUGCACUUUUCUCAUUACUUUUACAUUAUUGGAAGGAGGCUGUGCGAAUAUUUAUUGUAUGUAUUUUAAUAGGUUAAUGUACUUCUGUAUAAAAUGAAAUUAUAGUAUGUACUAUUGGC